AUGUAUCCCAGCAGCUGUCUUCGUCAUCUGGCGGCUGCCUUCUUCUCCGCCUCAGUACUGGCCCAGAACGGCGGUGCUAACUUCAACCGUCCAAAUGGCGGUCCUCCAGCGAACUACUUCAAAGCGGCGCCGACCAUGCCAGUCGCUGCCCUGCAAUCUGCGGCUUCGGGCUUGAGCAGGACAGCCCGUGGGGGUUCAUUCCGCAUCAGCUCUGACUCUUCUCAACGAUCACCGAUCUACAGCGACUGGGCGUCGUUCAAUGACGGCGCGGCCGUUGUCUGGACUGCCGAUAUGGACGUCGACUGCGAUGGGAUCGACUUCAGAUGCAGAGGCAACUCCGAUGGUCUGCCCGAGACGAGCUGGGGUGCUUUAGCGGCAUACGAGGUGCCAUUCAUCGUCAUUCCCGAGCAGUACCAGGAAGCGCACGAGGCCGCCAUUCCCGGAAAUAAUAUCGCCGCUGUUAUAUGCAACGGCAAAAUGUUCUACGGAAUCCUCGGCGACACGAACGGCGACAGCCCCGAAGUAACCGGCGAAGCCUCCUGGCUCAUGGCUCGCACCUGUUUCCCUAACGAGGGUCUGAGCGGGGCUGCAGGUCAUAGUGAUCAGGAUGUUACUUAUAUCCUCUUCCUCGGCCCCAACGCUGUCCUCCCUGGCACCGCUAUGAAUGACAACUACAUAACUGACUUUGGAGCCCUCCGAUCGAUGGGCGAUAAACUCGUCAAUUCUCUGGUUAGGAAUAUUGGGCUGGGCGGCGGCGACGGCAGCAACACCGUGACUCGUCCGCGCACGCGCACUCGCCCUCCCACCAUGAAGGCGAUGAUACCCGUUGCGACUGGGCGGGACACUCCUCUGCCGCGCACAUUGCCUGACUGGAUUACGGGUCAGAAACAAGUUGAGCCGGGUGCCGCUUCUUCUGGUGCUGCCUCAUCUAGUGCUGCCUCACCGAGCGUCGCUUCUUCUGGUGCCGCCUCAUCUAGUGCCGCCUCGCCCAGCGCCGCUUCUACCAGGAGUGCUACUCCGGGCGCCUCGUCUUCCGGUGCCGCAUCUCCAAGCAUUGCGAGUCCCGGAUCCUCAUCAAGUCCCGCGGCCUCCAGUUCCUCCGCUCCAAGUGUUGGUAGUGGUAGUGGAGCCGCUCCCAACAUCUCGCCUUCGGACCUCGCAGCCGCCAGUGGAGCGAGUCCAAUUGGUCUUUCUUCGAGUCCCGCUCCUGCUAGCAGUGCGUCAAGUCCGCCUCUCUCUUCUGCCAUUGUAGGCACUCCUGCCAGUGUUCUGCCGUCAAAUGCUGCUGGUCCUAGUUCGGCCAUUCCCAGCGCAGCUUCGCCGUCUAGUGCUUCAGCUUCUAGCGCUGCUGCUUCCUCUGUUGUUUCUCCUCCGAUCGUCAACCCUCCUAACGCAGCCGUGCCUCCCAGCGCCGCUGUUCCUCCUACUUCGGCUGCCACUCCGCCAGCUGCUGUUACUGGCAGCGCGGCUUCUCCCGGUAGCUCAUCGCCUGCUACGACGGGCCCGAGCUGUUCUUGGCCGGGUCACUGCAUCGGUGCGCCCUGUUCCACUCUCGAUGACUGCGCCGACGACCUUAUUUGUGCCAGUGGGACAUGCGCUGUUGACCGGGAGCUUGAGACUACUUCUCCCGGAGCGUCAAUAUCAGCACCUAGCGCAUCGAUUCUGGCAAAGAGACAGGCGUCUUCAACUCCUACGCCCACUCCCACCCCAACUUGUUCCUGGCCAGGUCAUUGCCUAGGCGCGCCUUGCUCCACUGAAGACGAUUGCUCAGACGAUCUUACCUGCAGCAGCGGAGUGUGCGCAGUCGACAAUGAACUCGAGUCUACAGGCACCCCAUCAUCUACUGGCAUUGCCUUACUCAGGAGACAGGCCAGCUCGGCGCCAACGCCGACUCCAAGUUGUUCUUGGCCUGGUCAUUGCCUUGGCGCCCCUUGCUCCACGGAGGACGAUUGCUCUGAUGAUCUUACCUGCAUCAGCGGAGCGUGCGCGGUUGACAACGACCUUGAGACCGAGCCUACAGGAACCCCGUCCUCCACUGGAUUUACUAUGGCUAGAAGACAGGCAUCCCCUUCCGCUUCAGCAGCCCCAAGCUGUUCCUGGCCUGGUCAUUGCUUAGGAUCGUCCUGCUCCACCGACGAUGACUGUUCAGAUGAUCUUAUGUGCGCCAGCGGAGUCUGUGCGGUCGAGCAGGACGAUGAUGACUCGGAUCCCACCGAGUCCCCCUCGCCUACUGGGAGCAUGAGCAUUAUGGCGAAGAGAGUCGUGACUUCAUCCCCCUCACCAACCCCAAGCUGUUCCUGGGCCGGACGGUGUCUAGGUGCACCUUGUUCCACGCUCGAUGACUGCGCCGACGACCUCGUCUGUGUUAGUGGGAAGUGUGCGGUGGAUCGAGAGCUCGAUGGUUCCAGUAUCACGGUAUCUCCUACCUCUAGGUCCAUGACCAAGAGCUGGAUUACGGCUGUUCGUAGAUGGGAAUAA